UAUACAGGCGUAUAUUCGCAGUUAGUGCGAUGUUAAAUUGAUUUAUCGAUAUAUUUUUUGUUGAUAGCUUUCAUACUCGCGAAUACAAUACAUGCAUUAAUUAUUAUUUUUGUGGGAUAUAACUUCUAGGGCAGAUCGAGAUUAUUUUUCUUUUGUUUCACGUCGUUCAAUUAUAUAUUAUAUACAUUUGAUUCUACUUAUCGAUGUUCCGGGUAGUUGGUUGAACAAAAUAUCGGUAUUUUUGUGCGAUUUAGCGGAGCGAAUUUGGCGAUUCGUUCAUACCACAAAGGGAAUCUUUUGACGACUUUCCCUAGGUCCGAUGGAGUGCAAGAGCAUCUUAACUUCGGCUUGGUCAAUUUUUUAAUUUUGGCAAAGUAUCAUUCCCGAAAUGAAUCACACCACGGGUUUUUAAUUGUCAAUGAACAAUGGCCACGUUCAAAUCGUCGUUACUGAUCUCCCUGAUCGUUUUUGGAUUUGCAGUUUCUGGGGUUAGCUGCAAAGUCGAGUUCACCAACCUGAAAUGCACGACCCUGGAACGGGAAUUUUUGGAGUUUGACAAGUGCUUUUUAAAGUCGAUCAGCCGGACCUACAAAUACCUCUCCGUGAGCACAAAGAUCCACAUGCUCCCAAUAAAGAGUGCUUCAAUACGGACUCAAGUGCUCCAGAGACUGAAUGGCUACAAACCGUUCCUCUUUAAUUUCACCACCGAUGCCUGCAAGGCUUUGAGUGGGAAAGUGACGACUCGAUUUUUCUUCGGGCUGAUUGCCCCCUACUCAAACCUGAACCAUUCCUGUCCUUACGAUCACGACCUAUUUGUGGAGAAGCUUCCGAUAAGCUUUAUGGACGAGCAACUCACCAAAGUUCUGCCGUUCCCGGAGGGUGAUUACUGCAUAAAAAACGUAUUCUCGCACCGUGGAAAGCCACGAGCUGAGGUCUCGGUCUACGCAAGCAUCUCCUAAAAUUUAAACGCCAGCACUGCCAGACCUUUGUAAAGACUAAAUAAAGCACAGAUUUUAGGCCGAGCUUUCGAGCUGUAAGCUCGUCUUUGCUUCGAUUUCGAUUGCGAGCACGAGCAGGGGCAGCUUUCUGUUUUUAUCGGGCCUCAGGUGCAGAUG